AUUUCUUCUUUCUUUCAUGACAAGAGACGCUGGGCAGCUGGAUUUCUAUGCUCGCUGAUUCUUCAGAAGCCAGGCAGCGUGGUGUGGUGAGUUGCUAGUAUAGAAAUAAGCGUCAAAAAUGAUAAAUAACGUGCGCUUAGCUGUGGGUGUAAUGACUCUUUUUGGACUAUUUUCUGCAGGAUUGUGCAUCGAAUGUUACCGCUGCAAUUCUACAAAUAAUCUAGAUUGUCUGGAAAAAUUCAUGCAUCCUAAUCCUUUAAGAGCUGACUCAUGUGCAGAUGUAUUUGAAGCUCGAUACUGCAUUAAAACAACCGGAAUUUACAAUGGUUUCGUCGGAACAAGGCGCUUUUGUUCUGCUCGGGACCUUGGUAACUUUUGUGAGUUCGUGUACCACGAGGGCGAAAAAAGAGAGUAUAAAGGCUGUGUAUAUACCUGCGAAAGCGAUGGCUGCAAUACCGCCAUUACGAACUACCAAUCACCUUUUCCUAUGUUCUUAAUUACUUUCACCAUCUUGGUAGCCCUGAUUAGCAAACACAUUUCACGAUCGACUUGAUGGAGAGUAGAAAAUGUUGGAGAAAGCUAAUUUGUGUUCCAGUUUUGUAAAUUGGAUAUGCAUUCAUUUUUUUUCCAGGGCACUGUGGAUGUUUUUCAAACUUAUGAGCGUUAAUGCUACAUUUCGUGCAUGAAGUCAUUGAAAUUAUAAUGAAUAAUUGUGCAUAAUUGUGUUACGCUUGUUAUGAAACCCGUUCCAUAAAUUGUUCAUAUGCAGUGUGUGUGGAGUAUCUAUUUUAUUCUUUAUAAUUACGUGACAUAAGGAAGAUAUUUAAGUGAAAUGGACUACGUUCUAUUUUAAAAUAUGUGUGAGCAUGUUUGAAAUAUUUUUCAAUGAAUUUCAACUUGAGAUCCUGUAUGCAAGACUGAAUUUAAGUUUAUUUCAUGAAUGAAUUCAUAGUUGUAUUCGGAAAUUCACUAACGACGUUGUUUGUGCCUUUUUAAAGCACGCAGUUAAUUUUUAUUAAUGUAUAAUUAUUAUUAUAUAAAAAAAUGUCUUGUAUGUCUUUCUUGUGGCCUAUUAAUGUUCAAACAAUUUCUAGUGUGUUUCUCGUAAUGUAUUUUAUAUGAUUUUUUCCAUAUGUAAACAUUUGUUGUAUUAAUUUUAUUUUGAUUUUUUCCC